AUGGCUUUCAAAGUUAUUAUUCUGUUUUCUGCUGUUGUGAUACAGACAAUAACCUGUCAGUGUCUCCGGGCUCCAGUACCAAUCCCAGUUCCUGAAAUCACUGUAGCCAAUUUAGGGUCCGAGCUACCCCUGGCUUUCCCCGUCUACGCGUGUGAGACUAUCACUGGACCUGGCGUGCCUGGCUUAAACUUUGGCUUAUCCAUAUCAGAGCUAUCAGCAUCUAACGGCGGAGGGUUGAGAGUAAACAGUGCAUCGCCCAUGGCUUCGACUGGUGUAACUGUUGAGACUGAUAAGAUGGUCAUCGAAGGACCUUUGGCUGUGACUGGUCAGUUGCCUUUCUUGGGUGCUGUGUCUUUAGAAGGACCGUUGCCAGCGUGUGGUACUGGUACUGUGGCUUACGAAUGUACCAGCCCACAAGUUGGGAUGGUCAGCGAAAUUGAACAGGCGCCAAUCCCAGCGUACCCCGGACCGUUACCAGGUUACCCCGGAGCGUAUGUCCCGUACCCGAGCGGACCGUACCCGAGCGGACCGUACCCAAGCGGACCGUACCAAAGUGUACCAAUCGCUUCUGCUUAUACCGCUGGAAGACCAAUUGCCCGCGCCUUGUAA